AUGUCUGCACCCGAUCCGAGCAUUCCAGAAGUGAUACAGAGUAAUUUCCAGGCCAUUGAAGCGGAGCAAAUAUCGUCAGAAAAUUCAGUCUGGAGAAUUGAACCUGCCUCAACAUCUCCGUUAGAGAGAAUCCCAUCUCAACCCCACAUCAGCAGCGAAGACGCCAAUAUCUCACAUCGAAGGUCUCCCGUCCGCGACGAUACUUCAUCCUCAAUGUUCCAUUACUCAUCCUUCUCAACGAGCCUCGUUGAUACGGAUGAUGCUAUGCAGCACGCAGCCUAUCAACACAAUGUUUAUUCUUUUGUGGGCUCUUCGCCUGAUUUCGCUAACACGACUACUUCUCAAACCCACCCAUCUGAUAAUUCCUCUAACGCAAAUCCUAUUUUGAUGGAUACAGAUGACGCUCUGCAGAAUGCAGUCUAUCAGUCGCUCACCCACCACGGUUAUUCAUUCAUUGGACCAUUGGUUGACUUAACUGGUCAGGUUGAUGAUGCCAAUAAUUUACCCUUUCAACCACGUUCAUCGAAUAGUCCCUCGUAUGCAAAUCCUAUCUUAAUUGAUACAGAUGACGCUAUGCGGCACACGGCCUAUCAACCCCAUGUUCAUUCUUUUAUGAGCUCUUCGCCUCAUUUGUCUAAUGUAACUGCUUCUCAAUCCAGCCCGCCUGAUAAUUUCCUUUCCAUGAGUCCUAAUUUGGUCGAUACGGAUAAUGCCUUGCGAGAUGGCAUAUAUCAGGCACAUGGCAAUCCAAGCUUCAUUUACUCAAAUAUCAAUAAUCUAGCCCCUUCUGAUGCCAGGGUAACGGGCACUGUCACCUAG